CACCAUCUUCUCUUCAAAAAAACCAUACCACCUUCAAAAUGAUACAUGGCAACGAAGCUCUAGAGUCCAACAUGACCAACAACAAUAACAACAACAAGCUCUCAUCUCCGGCGACUACUCCGGCGACCAAUGAUCACCGGGAAAACCUCCGGUGUCCUCGGUGUGAUUCAUCAAACACAAAGUUCUGCUACUACAACAACUACAACCUAACUCAACCUCGCCAUUUCUGCAAGACUUGCCGGAGAUAUUGGACCAAAGGUGGCGCUCUCCGUAACGUCCCCAUCGGCGGUGGCUGCCGGAAAACCAAACCAUCCAUGUCCACCACCAAGUCCAUCUCCACUAAGUCCAAACCACUCCAUUCUGAAUCCAUGAUCAACUUCUCUAGCUCUUCACUGUUUCAUCCCACUCACAGUUCACAACUCUUCACUUUACUUGCACCUUCACCCUUCCAAAACCCUAACCCUAACCCAAACCCUAAUUAUUGUAAUAUUAUUGGCUCAUAUGGUGGUCAGAGUUUUGGGUUGGAUCAGUUUAACCCACUUGUUGUUGAUCAUUUUCCAAGCAUUCAAGAACUGUACCAGAAACUCAGGUCAUCAUCAAGCAGCUUUCAUUACAUCAAUGGUGAUGAACUUCAAGGAAUUAUAAGCAAUCAAUCAUUUCCGACCGGCGAUGAGUUUAGCUACUGGAAUGGUUCAUUGUUCUAAGCUUUUUCAUGUUCAAAUUAUAUUAUAUCCAUGGAAUGUGAUUCCCUGUCAUUAAUGUUGUUUUCU